AUGGAAUAUGAUGGAGAAGUAGAUGCAGAAACUGAAGCUUUUAGCCCAGAAUUGGAAGACUUAUUGCAAGGUGAUUUGGGCAUCAACAUGGUGUUCAUUAUGCCAGAAAAAUUCAAAGCAGCAGAAGGACAAGAAAGCACUUUCGAGGGAGAUGUGUUCUCCUAUGAGAGUUUUGAAUGCAGGUUGGCAGAAGCAGAAGAGCCACCAAAACAGCAAACAGGUAAUCACAAGACAGAAGGAACCACCAACAAACUAGCUGCAGAACAGCUUUGCUUCUCCAAACCAACCAAAGAGAUGGCCAAUCACAUCAGACCCUUGUUCAUAACAGCAAAUUUUGGAGGUGUUCCCGUUCCCAAGGUCAUGGUAGAUGGAGAACCUGCCAUUAAUCUUCUGCCUCACAGAAUGCUAAGCAAAAUGGGCAGAGCAGGGAAGGAUUUGAUUUCAACACGCUUGACCGUCACCAACUUCGCAGGGGGCAUCACCAAAACCCAUGGGAUCUUAGAUGUGGAUGCCAUAGUUGGAAGCAAAAAACUGAAGAUUACAUUCCUUGUGGUAGACACCACUUCUACCACUUACAAUUCACUGCUUGGCAGGGACUGGAUUCAUCAGAGUCUAUGUCCCUUCCACUCUUCAUCAGCAAUUAGCUUUGUGGAAUGA